ACUACCGUGAAACGCGACAUAAAUACCCUGCUUCUGUAUUUUAACUGGUACAAACAUGGCUCGGGGGUGCCGUUAGCCCGGUCACUUGGGUCUGGACGGAGAAACGGCUAGCAUGGUGAAGUGUGUUGUGUCUGGGUGUCCGAAUCGCAUGGUUAACGUUAACCGGGGGAUCUUCAACCGAAACUCCAAGAGGUUCUUUAACUUCCCCGAAGACCCAGCUCGAGUCAAGAUAUGGCUGGCAGCGCUGAGGGAGACGGACAAGCACGAGUUUGCAGAGCAGCAUUUAAUCUGUGAGGACCACUUCCUGCCAGAGGACGUCUCCACCAGUGGGAUCACCAGCGAUGCCAUUCCCAUCAUGCCCCCUUACCUGGAUGGGCCGCUGGGCCUGAGCAGCCCCUGUGCAGCUGAGUCCUCUGAGGAAGAGGAGCAGUGGCCCACUGGAUGCUGCGAGGAUGAUGAUGAUGUUGGAGAUGAAGGUGGAGAUGCUCCUCCUCCUGCACCGGAUCCACCGCAGCAGAAUCAAGGUGGAGGUUUGGAGAAUCCUUCAGAGAAGACCAGCACUGCUCUGCAACAGAGGAAACAACCGAUCCACUCUAAGAAAUAUAACAGACAGGACGUGUCUCUGGGGCUGCUGACUCGGCAUUUCCUGGAGCUGCUGCUGGCGUCUCCGGACUCCUCUGUGGACCUCAAGCAGGCGACAGUGAGCAUGAAGACCUGCAGACAGCGAGUCUAUGACAUCACAAACAUCCUGGAUGGGAUCAGCCUCACCCAGAGGGAGCCGGCCAACCGGAUCAAAUGGAUAGGAAGGUGUCCGAUCUCCAGCUUACUGUGGAAGAACCAGCAUACGUUCCGUAGAGAGGUGGAGAACCUGAAGAUGGUGGAGCACGAGCUGGACAGCCUCAUCAAAAGCUGUGCCCAGCAGCUCUUCGACAUGACUGACGACACGGAAAACUCUGCGUUGGCCUACGUGACCCACGAGGACGUCAUCCGGCUCCAAGCCUUCCAGGAGCAGACGGUGAUUGUGGUCAAAGCUCCAGAGGAAACUAAACUGGAGAUUCCUGCACCCAAAGAGGACAGCAUCCAGAUCCACCUGAAGGCAGAAGUGGGUCCCAUCACGGUGGUGACCUGUGAGGUGGACUCAGGAGACGCUGUGACCUCUGACCCUGGAGAGAAAAGCAGCCUCUUUUUGACGCUGGGGUUAGAGGAGAGUCGGAUCAGGACGACCACGCUGCACACAAGUAAACAACACACAAAUCCAUAGUGCCAUACAGAGUGUGUAACCACCAGCUGACCACCAGGAGGCGCCAGCUGUCUUCAGGGCUCAGACAGUAUGACGAGAAGCCGGUUCAGAUCUUCUGCAGGUACAGGUCGCACAGUGUCAGAUGCACAACAGUUCCUGCACACGUGGCUUCAACACUAUGGAGAUUUCUGCUGACUAUCAGCUAACAUGUGAUCACUGAAUGUUGUGAAGGUGUCAGUCAUAACUCAGAGGAUAUCUGCUGAAAUCAGCUGCGACACAAAGAUCAUCAAUCCAAACCAGUUACGGGCAAAGCAAAUUAGUUUUGGCAUUAAAAUGUAAAAACGUUAUAUUUCAGGAUCAUUUUCAUUUGCACCUCUAACCGUUUUUAAUUGAACUCCUCUGCUGCGUUGAGCCAGUCGGUCUGCUGACACGAGAAAUCGUGAAAACGAUGAAGACGACAGUUUUCAGCUUUAUUUUUGUAUUAGAAGUGAUGAAGAGGAGCAAUUAUGCAGCACACAGCUGUGCCUUUUGUAUUCCAUGUUAUAUUAUCAUGUCCUGACUGACAUUUACGUUUAACUAUUGUCCUGUUUUGUUCAUUUUCUUUGCGUUUUUGGAUAUAAACAAUGU